AUGCUCACUGGCUCCCCAGUAGUCAUAGAAUUCAAAGAGCCAGUCUUUCAACCAAGACACCAGUACUAUAUGCUGAAGCUGGCUGAAUACAGACAGAAAUCUCCCAUGUAUAUGGAGAAACUUCGUCAUGAUCUGUGGACAGAGGGAGGCAUGUCGCUUGUGGUGAGAGAGGAUGAGGAAUCUGGGUCAGAAUUAGAUUUUGAUGCCAUGGAGGCGUCUGCUAGAGUACAAACUAAUGCUCCUAGUACUACUUCUGAUGUUGCUAUUGCCUAA